AUGGAGGGAGGUAACAAGGUUCUAUGGGUUUUUACUGGCUUCGAGGCCCUCUAUUUGGGCUCCGCAGUCACUCACCUCGUCGUUCCUCUUACCACACGUGCCUCACUGAGACGAGAAGCCACCAUCGGAAAUGUGGCUCCUGAUUUACUGCUCGAACACUGCCCCUUAACAGCAUCCCUGACCAACUCAAUCAUCAUGUUCGGCAUCUUCCUCGUGUCACUCCCGGCGAUAUUCAUCAAGACUAGCCGCACUUGGCUUAUUGUACACGCGUGGGGUGUCGUUGUGACUACCUUCAUUACCCUGGGCAUCGGUCUCCGCAUUUGGUUCGACACCCUGGAGACGCACAAGAAUCUCGAACCGGUCUGGAACAAGCAGGAGGAAUUUGUACAAUCCCUGCUGCAAGUCCGCUUCUCUUGCUGCGGUUACAAUAACCCAAGUCUGUUUAUUCGGGGCCAAACUUGCCCAACAGCUACAAUUGCUGCACAGCUUGGGCCGUGUACGAUACCUUUCAGCAGCUUUGCGAACCACUUCUUAGAUGUGGUUUUCACUGCAUCAUUUGGCUUUUGUGCCAUUAAUAUGCUGCUGCUGCUCGCCACCAUGUGCCUAAUUAAGGACCGUAAAGACAGAAAGCGCUUCAGAAAGAUCGAAAUGAAGCUAGGUGCUAUGCAGGUCUUAUAA